AUGAGCAGAAAUAGGGCUGAUGUUGUCGACCUGACAACCAGAUCAUCGCGGCAAAAUCCCAUCUCUUUAUCCUCCUCCCCGCCUACCGCGUCGAACCCUACAACCUCUUCCAGCCAUGGACAAUUGGCUACUGCUCGCGGUGUUAAGCGUCGCCGUAACUGGAGCGACGAACACGGCGAUCCAGUCGCAUCCUCUUCGGCUAUCUCCGAGGAGCACAUCGAAACAAUCGAUAUGACCGACGACUCAGGCGCAGCCGCACUUGCUCGAACGGUAGCUAAGCAGAGGGAGGAUGCCAUCAAAGCGCAGGCAUCAGCGGAAAGCGAUUCAAACCUCUCCGCUAUACUCGCUUACAAAUGUCCCAUUUGCAUGGAGACGCCUGUGGACGCAACGAGCACCUCAUGCGGUCAUCUCUUUUGUCACAAGUGCAUCAUCGACUGCUUGAAGAUGAGCGAACAAACACGCGGCGGUGACUCUUCGAAACACCACAAGGGGACCUGCCCGGUGUGCCGCACACCGAUUUCGCGAAAGGAGACGCCUGGGAAGUCUAAGAAUCUCAUUCCGCUGUUGUUCCUGACGAAAAAGCGAGGUGAUCUUCCCGUGUCGAGCUCAUAA